AUGACGAGCCUACAACACGGCCUGUCGCAUGGCGACCUGCAUGACGACGAAUCCCUUCUAGACGAUGAUUUGAUCGAUGCCGAUGAUGAUAUCGAAGCCGAUGACCCCCUACACGAAACUUCCGACACAGCCCCUCUCAGAGGCAACAUUGAAUCCGACUCCGGCUCACGAGGGGGUGGUCGAACUGGCUAUGGAAACUAUCUCACCUCAUCUAUCCCUGGUGAAGAUCGCCGCGCGACUCAAAACACCAUCGAUGAGACUGUCUGGGCCACCUUGUCGCGCGACCUGGUUGCCGUCGGAGAGAAGAUGCGCCAGGUCCUGUGGCCCAAGUACCUUCUGGGAGGUAUGAUGCAACGCGGUGGGGGUGGUAUCGGUGGUGCUGCGGAAAGAGGUGAGGUGUCUGGAUUCGGUCGUAACCUACGCGGGCUCGUUGGACGCUGGCCGGAUGCCGAUGUGGUCUUGCAGGGUGGAAUGAGUGAUGGGCUGCGCGACUGGGACCUAUGGGGUCCUCUGGUCUUCUGCUUGGUACUAAGCUUGUUCUUGUCCGUGGCCAAAGGCGACCAAUCAUCGCUUGUUUUCUCCGGUGUUUUCUGCAUUGUCUGGAUUGGAGAGGCAGCUGUGACACUUCAAAUCAAGCUUCUUGGGGGCAAAAUGUAUGUUCUAUUUUCAUAUUUUGUCCCGACAUCAAUGGGCUAUGCUGAUACUUAUGACUUUCUUUCCAGCUCCUUCUUCCAGUCGAUAUGCAUCAUUGGUUAUACACUAUUUCCACUUGUGAUUGCUGCUUUGCUCAGUGCACUUGGCCUGCCUACUAUUGCCAGAAUACCUGUUUACCUCGUCCUUGUGGCUUGGUCGCUGGCAGCAGGAGUGAGUAUCCUGGGCGGCUCGGGUGUCGUUCGGAACCGAGUGGGCAUUGCCGUCUACCCACUCUUUGUCUUCUAUAUCUCGAUUGGGUGUCUCUGUUUUAUUAGUUAA